CUCUCCCAACUAUCAACACGUACUAUGUUCUGCUUCUUUAAGUAGAUCAUCAUCAUCAUCAAUCUCAAUCGACUUCCAAAAUAAUGUGGCUGACACCAACAACAACAACAUCGACACACAGAACAUCAACUCUUCACGGCAACAACACUUACUACGACGAGGACAAUAGCAUCUCUCACAGCAAUCGAUCUUCAUUUUCCUACAUACCGACGAGCCUCGAUAUCGACUCGGAGAUCAGGUCUCAGGCCAGCACAGAGUCCUCCCCCCCGUCAAAUCUUGGCUUCUCUCCUCUAUCGACGUUCGACAGCCUGCCUGUUCCCAGGGCCGCCACGACUGCCCAGGGCGUGCUCUUCCAGCUCUCAACACCCGCAUUUCCCUCACAACAUCUCUUCCCACCAAGCACCAUGAUGUUCACGGAUACUUGGCCGGCAGACGCAGCCCAGUUUGCCCUCAAAGCCAACAAUGGCAGGAAUCUGCAUCAUCGCGACUCGUCGCUCUCUUCUCUCGGCUCCAUGGGUCCUGCGUCUCCCUUCUCCUUCAGCUCGUCAAAUCCACAGAUUGCAGUGAACGAUACGAGCGACACCUUCACGGGGCUCCCGAUGCAGGAUGACCAAUCGUACCAGCUGGCCGCGAAGGCGCCGAACUCAGUGUCCCAUGAUACUUUCUACGCCAAUUAUCCUUUUGGGGACGCGUCAGUACAGUCCUACGCGAACAUCCUUGCACCACAGAGGCACCGAGGCGACCGAAGUGGCUUGCUGCCUCCUCCAGACUUCCCGAGUGGUGGAUCUACGAACUCGAGGCCAGGGUCGGUGGCGAGUUCUGUCGCGAGUGACUCACCCGCCACGCCAGCCGCUCCAGAACCUGAAGAAGAAAGGAGGCGAAAGAAUGGCAUCUCUGCUGUUCCCAAGCUGGAUCGUACCAUGACGGACAUCUUUAGCGAUGAGCUCUACAAUCCCAACUUCACCAUCACAUCAGCUCCACCCUCGCAGCCCAGCCAGACGGCCAUGUCGCCCACACACGACCUGUUUGUACAGAGGGUUCAAGCUGCCAACAAUCAGCAUCUGAGCGCAACACAGUCGCCCAACUCGUCAGGGUCGAGGGGCCGGUCACCUUUCAGACAGGGUUCGCCACUGGCGCCGACACCAUCGCACAACUUCCCUCAAGCCUCAGCCAACAUGCGCUUCAACACUGCGCAACAGAUGAGGGAGAAGGUGAAGGCGGAGCACGACUCAGCUCAGGCUCUCCGGCAAACUAUGGCGCACUCGGCGAGCACAGGGACUCCCCAAACCAUCUCUCCCAAGGAUGCUGUCCUGGAGUUCAACGAUGCAGACAACGCCAACAAUUUCCCGCUGUUCCCGCAGCAACAGCAACAUCAGCAGCAACAACCACAACAACAACAUCAAACGUCGGGCUUUAAUGCGAACCAGAUGGCCAAGGCAACCAGCCAGGCGAACAACUUCAACAACAGCCUGUCCCUGGAUACUACCUUCGACAACUACCUGACAUCACAGCUGUCUUCGGGCUUGCAGAUGCCAGCACAAUAUCCAUUUAUCUCCAAGCCCAGGCAGGAGCUUCCGUCGGGAGCGAGCCCAUCGUUCUCGAUGACCUCGCAUGCUGGAUCCAGUCCCUCGGUAACGCCUGAGUCGGCAGCAUCGGCAAGUCCCAAGAGACCCAACAAUGUCGCUGCGGAGGGUGGCACAUAUACAUGCACGUACCACGGAUGCACGCAGAGGUUUGAGACGCCAGCGCUCCUACAAAAGCACAAGCGUGAGGGCCACCGACAGUCGCACGGCUUGAGUAGCCUACGCAGGCCCGAGGGACCCUCGGGCAGCUACUUCAACACGCAAGCGGGUCCUCACAAGUGCGAGCGCAUCAAUCCAAGCACUGGCAAGCCCUGCAACACCAUCUUCUCGCGGCCUUACGACCUCACACGCCACGAGGAUACGAUCCACAACGGAAGGAAGCAAAAGGUACGAUGUGACGUCUGUACGGAGGAGAAAACCUUCAGCCGUGCAGACGCGCUGACCCGUCACUACCGCGUGUGCCACCCCGACCUGGAGUUUCCGGGCAAGCAUCGCAAGAGAGUUUCCAACAACUGA